CCUGUUGGAGACGGGGAUUUCUACCGAAGGGAAACGUUUCAUAUGCACGUGUCCCUCUCGCACUGUCGCACAAAUCGUACUAUGGCGGCGGCAGCGGCACACGAGCGGAAGCGGCAGCGCGAGGGCAACGCGGCUCCAUCGACGGCGGCGGCGGCGGCAGGGGAGGCCCAGUACGUGUACCUGCCUAUCGCCGACGCCCUUAAGGUCCCCGGUGUCCGUGUCUGCCUCUUCGCGGCCGUCUCCGAGAUCGGCGCCGUCGUCCGCAGCCGAGGCACUGAUUUCACUCUUACACUGAGGAUUGUUGAUCAAUCACGUACAUCUGGGAUCUCUGUGACAUUUUUUGCAGAUAACACUGCACUGCUGCCCUGUGUUAGGUCAACCGGAGAUGUGAUCAGUCUCCAUAAUGUUGUGAUAACAAUGCAUUAUGGAGAAUUCUUUGUAACUGUCAACAAAAAGUUUUCUUCAUUUGCACUAUUUGAAGGGAAAGUGUCUACAGAAUUCAGGCCGUACCAGGCUUCUAUGAAAUAUCAUGGAAGCAAACAUGACGAUGGAAUUUUAACCCAGACGAGAAUGUGGCUUGUGUAUCAUCCUCCAGGUCUGAAAGAUCUUGAAUUGCAACUAAGCAGUAUAAAGUCAGAUUCUACUUUCGAUCUUGUAUGCAAGGUACUUCAUGUCUGUCAAGCUCCGAGUGGGGAAUGGAUUUUCUAUGUUUGGGAUGGAACUGAUGCUCCUACGACUGAAUUUCAGACAUUUUCGGACACGGAAGCAGUUCCAUCAGUCCCUCUACAUCUUGAAGGAGCACCUUUACCCAGGGAGGUUUUAUGCACACUGCCUUGUAUUGGGACUGUCCUGCGGGUUUUCACAAACAAGUUUUCAAAGGAAAUAUUGCACUUGCAAAAGGAUAUUUAUUGGGCCAGGUUCUGCAAUAUUACUUGCAAACAUGAGUUUGGCAUAUGGAAAGGCACUUUGCUACCUUCCAGUCGAGUUCGUCUUUUAUCGAAUGAAGAUGGCAGUGUGGUUGAACGAUCGAAGAUGUAUGACAGUCGUUGUGCCAUCCAAGUUCAUCGACAGCCAAUGGCUGGCCUCCACAAGGCCCCUGAUAUUACUGAUGUGGAGUACAAAAGAGCAGGUUACACGACAUUAAUGGAGUCGCUCACUCAUGGACAGGUGACACAUAAAUUCAAAACCCUGGUCCGUAUUGUCGCAGCAUAUCCAUGUCAAGGCAAUGACCUCCAUUCACUAGUGACUGGGAAUUAUUGUCUCCGGUUGACUCUUGAAGAUCCUACAGCCAGAAUUCAUGCCUACGUCCACAAGGAGGAUGGGGUCAGAUUUUUCGGCGGUUUUCUCACUCCGGACGCGUUGACCAGAAAGAUGAACAGGCUUUUGGGUGUUCCAGAGCCAGAAGAAGCUGACGAAGAAGGUACCCCGUUGACCAGGAAUCCGCCUUGGGUAUGGUGUUGCCUGAAAUCCUACCGUCUGGACAAGGACGACCCCUGGGGCAGCAGGCGGUACCGGAUCUUCGGCACAGAGAUCAGGGAUUGAGAUGGAACCUUGGACUUGGAGACGAAGCCGUGUACAGUAGUAUUUGUUUUUCCGCGUCCAAACCAUAGACAUCCUGCCUGCCUUGGCAUGGAUCUUGCUAGGAUGGAUGGAAACGGAAUGGAACACUCUUCAAGACUUCCAGUUGCUGCUAUUGUUCCCUUCCUAGAGCCACUUUGUUGUUGUAGCAGUACUCGAUUUUGUAGUUAUUCAUCACUGGUGCCGUUCUGUAUGCUUCACUUCUGCUC